AUGCUGCGGUGCUGCAGCUCUGUUUUACGCACAUCUACUUCAGUUGAUUUAGCUUUUAGACGUGCAUUAGGAUCACAGAGUACACUUCUUGACCUUGUGCCUGUAAAGAAGCCACUGAUAGAUGGAUCGCUCUGUUGGUUUAUCGAAGAGAAUAUUGAUAUUGUUCUUGUCUCUGGUGUAAAGGGCACUUCCCCAGAUGAAGUAACGGAUGGUGUUAAACUUCGUGCCACACAUUUACUGCAGCAAUGCGGUGAUGGGGAUGCUGUGAAAGGUUGCUAUGCUCUCAAGCGAUGUGUGCAGGAGGCAGUAACAGUUAGACAUUUAUUGCGCCGACUGGAUCUACAGGUUUUAUUACGUGUAUGGGAUGAAUCACCCACUACUAAAACAUCAUUAGAAAUGAGUUCAGAUGACUUUAAAUAUGAUAGUGAUGUGAAAUUACACUGUUCCAUUUAUGAGAUUGAUACUUGGGAACCACAUAAAGAGAAACGACAUUUAAAGGAUAUAUCAGCCUUUCCAUCUGAAGUUUCUCUUGAUCAACUCUUACGUCGUGCUUUACAUGUGGUAGAGCAGGAUGCGGAGAAGAAAGAACAACAAUUUGCACUAGCUUCAUUCCUUGAAGCUCGUUUACUUCUUCUUCAUGGUAGUGCUUCUCCUUUUCCCAUACGUUUUAAUCAUUCUGUUUCAUUUUCAGAAAGAGAAAAUGAAGUUAUGUGUUCUUCUUCUUCUUUUAAAGGUCGAAUGGAAUCAAAUCCUAUGAUGGUCUUUGCAGAGGACCCUGCAACACGUUGGAUUGUCUCUUCCACUUCAUACAAAGUGGAUUUGGAGUUUUUACGGUAUUCUAUCGAAGGGAGUGAUCAUCAAAAAUUUAUUUCUGGUACAUGGAAAUUACAGGAUAAUGUUGGAAAUACUGAAAGAUGUGAUGUACCUUUGGUAACAUUGAAAAAUAAGAAGGGACUUAUAUUUGGAAGUCAUAGCCUUGACAUGAAAGGGCAAAAACAUCAACAACAAGAAGAACAAGAAGAAGAAGAAAUGGUAGAUGAAGAUACUCUUGAAAAACUUGAAAAUGCAGGAAAACUUAUUCGUGUUUCAUAUUUGGAAGGGAAACAACACGUAUCGAAAGUUCUGCGUUUGCUUUGGGAUCAACCAAUUCUACAGUCUCUUUUAUUUUAUACAUCUGUUGAAUUUUUCUGUGGUCGUCUCUCAUGUACACGAGCAGAAGAUUAUGUGAAGAGUUGUGGAAGACUUGAGAUUGAUUCAUGGUUGAAUGAUCAAGGUCGACAAACAACUAUACCUAUGCCGCCAUUAUACCUACGUUAUUUUACUUCCUUGGAUUUUCUUCAGGAGUGUUUACCACUUGAAAUGGGAUCUCGAAUAAUGUUAUUUACUCAAUUAGGUCCUUUACAUUUGAGUUAUCACGUGGCUGCAGCAUCAGGUGAUCGUGUGGUAACACCUAUGAGUUGUUUUAGUUCUGCCACAGCGGCACUUUCAGCGUUGCUGCCGUGGUAUACCGCAACACCGCUACGACCAGUGGUCUCUGAACAGAAUUAUCCCCACCACCAUCAACAUCAUAAUCAUAAUCAUCAACAACAACAAAAGCCAUCAGAGAACUCAACUGCGACGGAGACUGCGGGUGGUUCGGGUGAACAAACUACAAAACCCACUGAAGAUGCUUCACUCAAUACUGUACGUGUACUGGAUGUGGAGGCGGUGCUAAAGAAGAUGGGUGUUGUCAGUGGGACUUUUGCUUCUGAUCGACUCGAGUAUUUUGACACAUCAGGACGUAAACUUUUGGAGUUUGAUCAGAUGGACACUUUAAAUGGUAUUGAGCGUUUAGUGCGUUGUUUACGGCGAAAACGGGCUGCAAGUUUCACUACGAUAUCACUGCACGAAGGGGCUCGGGCGCCGCACAUCAUUGCCGGUCGCGCUUUGGCCGGUUUUGCAGCAAAUAAGAUGCCACCGUAUGUGAAACGUGUUCGUAUUCCUGUUCCACUCGUGCCUGGUGAGUUCUUUGGAAUUCGAUUUGCGGGUUUACUUGAAUUGGAACAGCUGGAGUGUAGAUUGCUUUCCAUCUUUGAAGAAUAUGCAGAGGACCCCACACAAUGGCCACUGCGGCGACGAACACCGUGUUUCUUUAAUCGAUGGCGUUUUACAAGAGGGAUUAUUGCUGCUAUUAUGCGGCAUGAUGAUAAAUUUCGCUACACAAUUGAUCCUCCAUUAGGUGAAAAAGGUUCUAGAACUCUCUUACUGCGUCUAUACUCAGGUGAUACUGUAAUGCGGGAGAUAACAGUUCAGGAAGAGGCAGUUUUAUUACAGGUACGAAAUUGUUUUGCGGAAUAUGCCAAUCAAUGGAUUGUUGAUUUACCACCGAUUGAAGAUGUUCUUUUUGGUAUGCUGGAUAUUAAGAAAACAACCUCUUUUUCCUACAGAACUGUUCUUAAUGCAAUGUUACAAAAUAGUGAGGUAUAUACUACUAAUGAGGAUACUGUCUCACUUGAGCUCCGUAUUUCAAGUGAUGUUUCGGUUAUUCUUUCUAGUGAAAAAAGUGGAGGGACUCCAGAGUCAAAAGAAAUGAUAAGUAGAUCAUUUGUGGUACGUCAGUUUGCCAUGCUUUUACCCUUGAUUGCACUAUUGCAGCGAGCACAGCUUAUUAUAUCAGAGUUAAAGGAUAAUGGAGGGGCUGUUUUUCACUGUCAAGAUAAUACCGCUGUUGGACGUGGUUUUCGUUGGGAACUAAAGAAACAAACAGAUAAUUUAAAUAAAUAUGAAGUUAUUGAUGCUGUAGAAGGUAUGUCAAGAUGGGUUGCACUUGGUGAACUAGUGGAUAGGUAUCCGCUACAAAAAGAAGCUAGAAAACCAGUAAAAGAAUUUAGAAAACCGGCAAAAGAAGUGACGAUUAACCAAAAAAUAAAAUAUGGGUUAACUAUUGAGGAAUGUCAAGCUAUACUUGGGCGAAAAUAUGGUGUUCAAAAGAUAAUUCACGAAUACAAUAGAGAUAAUAAUGAGUUCAUUGUAAAAGGACUUAAUUGUGAUACUCAAAAAGAGUCAAGAACAACCUCUUUGAUUCGGGUUAUUGCGCUUAAAGAAAAAGAUUCUAUUGGUCAUGUAAUUCACAGAUAUUAUUGGAAAGAACUAGAAAUUCCAAAUCCACCUGCCUUAUCUUUUGAAGAUUUGCGAUUGAGGAGUUUACAAUCGAUUUACAAUUUAUGUCAACCGUAUUUUACAUUAGCACUUCCACCACUAAAUGAUUCGCUCUCUGAAGUACUGACAAAAAAAGGAUGGUGUGUUGUUCUUAAACUUCCAGGAAAUCUUUUUGCAUUUGAAACACUAAAACAUGUGGAGUAUGUAUAUCUUGGUCGUGGAAAACAUGAAGGCCGUCGUGAAGUUAUGCGUCAAUUUUACAAUUCCAUAUUUGGUAAUGCCUCAUCAACUACUGAACAGGUUUUGUUGAAUGCGUUUAAAAACGAUCCUGUUUCACAUCCUGAAGUUUCCACUGCUAUUAAUAGCAUUAACCCUGGAAUACAAGGAAAAACAAGAACAUCAACAUCAUUAUCAUCAUCACUAUCAGUACCAACAGCGGUGACACCUUGUGGGAAAGACGCUUGUAUGUAUAGUGAAUUGAUGCGUGUUAUUGGUAAUGCGCUUCAAUCGCAUGUAGGAUAUGAUGGUGUGGUGGAGUGUCGUUUGAGUUUUAUGACUGGAAUUAAAUGUCGAUAUGUUCGCCAGCCUUUUUCUCAUGGAGAUCAGGUGGAUCUCUUUAACGUUCCUUUGCGAUCAACCUUAUGGUUACCGCUUCAACUUCUUUGUGAACUCAUGUCGUGUGCUCUCCGUCUUCUCUCAGAGACUGUAUUAACUGAUUUACUACUGCGUGCCUCUUCUGAAUGGCCGUCAGUUUUUCUUGAUAUGAAUAAAAAUGAACGUCUCUUCUGUACAACAUUUCUUCGACGUUAUUUGGGUCUUUAUAGUUAUGAAGAGAAUGAUGUGGAUCCCCGCGCGGCGGUACCUGGAACAAUAUACUUAGUGGAGUCCACACGGUCUGUUAGUGGUGGGAAUGUGGAGGCUUCUCUACUUCUCUUGCAGACACCAUUACCUCCACACACAGCAACGUUUAAGAAAAGUCUUGCCUUAGAGAAGGGAACUAGUUUAUCGCGUGCCGAGUUGGGUUUGUGGAGUAAUGUGGCCCAGCAACUGGAGCAUUUGCUGGAGGGAAUACAGAAACAUAAUAUUCAACAUGCGCAGCAACGAGAUGUGGAUAAGGCUGUUUUUAGUUUUCUCUCACGACUAGCAAUGGAUGAGGGGCGUUAA